ACACAUUCGACAGCGAUGGGAUUAAUGUUGACAUACUAUACUAUACAAUACAUGUAUUUAUUUAUUUGUAACGAGUUUUCUUACACGCCAUUGACGGACUGCAUUUGUCUUUCAAAUGCAAUCAUAAGAAGUUCAUUCUAAGGUUGGUUGGUUGGUUGGUUAGCUAAUGGAUUUAGAUGGAAGGGGAUACUCGGAGUUCUACAGGAACACGAGCGAGGAGCUUUUCAUAAAGACCGUGAUGGAGAGCACGGUAGGCAUGCCCGCACCAUCCAUGGAGAUGUUGGGGUUCAAGAAUCUAGCACAAAAUUUCCGAACGGACAGCGAGGAACUCUUCAAGAGUUGGCUCACUACCGGCGAGAACAACGGCUGCCAUCCAGCAGGGAUAGCACAUCGCUCUAGACAGCCAUCAAGAAGGAUAUCAACUGAAAUAGCAAAUUUAUCUAAUCAAAGCACGGCAGCAAUCCAGAAGAAGGUAAAUGAUGACGUAGUGAGUGUAGAGACCAUACCUGUGCCUGCUGAUUCUGCAGUCGAUCUCAACACAUCGAGGGCUGGAGUCGGGAAGGGAAUGCAGGCUAGUAACCUGUUUUUGGCAAAGGUGAGAGAUACUUGGUCUGAAAAAACUAAUCAACUCCACAUUUUUGUACUGAGCAGCACUUUCUUUACUCACGCGCAGGCAUGGUUCCACAGCUCUCAACCUAUGACUAGAAGUCGAUCCUCUGAACUAAGGAGGAGGUAUGCUGCUAUGCAACUAUCACAAACACCAACUAUAGGGAGCGAGGUAACUAAUGAGGCAUCUGCGACUGCAGUCAACAAUUUCAAGCACGAAACCAAGGAAAAAAAUGGAUUUAGCAAUGUUUCACCAAUAUACGAGAAUCCCAAUCAGUUGACUACAUUCAUGUCUCCAUCUAAUUCAUCUUCCUCGGCUUUCAACAACCCUCAGGCAGGGUGUGUGGAUAAGAUUUCUUCAGUUGUGAACAUGCUCAAGGGAACACUUGAGCGCAAGAAGCUCCACAACAUGGCAGAGAAAGAGGAGAGUUCUUUCGAGUACUAUAGUGCUGAAGAAGCUCUAGGCCAUACUGGCUUGAAUCAAGCCCAGGAAAUUCGAGCAUAUAAAAGUCCAGGAACCUUUCAGAAUGUACCAAUGCUUGGAGUUGCAGAAACUGGAGUUUUACAGAAGAUUGAGGAAUCCUUAAUGGAGGAUAUUAUGAGCCCCACGAACCCAACCCCUAUGUGGAUGGUGUCCCGGGAGCCUUCUCAGAGCGAGUCAUCAGUUGCUCCACCUAUAAUUUUGAAUGGUUUUGUAGACAUGUGCGAUGAACCCUGCAUCUCUGCACAAGCUCCCACAGUUUGCGAGAGUUCUAGGAAUCAAAGGGGAAUUGGAAGGAAUCAAGAUUUCAAAGAGCAUACAUAUGACAACUCAAAAGACAUCCAGAAGCAGAAGCAGAAAGGAGGAUUAAUCCGAUACGGAUCUGUAACUUCAGCUGGUUCAGUGGACAGAGGAGAUCCAACAAAGAAGCGUAGGGUGGAGCGAUCACGAAAGAUGGCAGAAGCAAAGGAAAGGAGUUCGACACCUGCAGUCCCCACAGACAUGCAAUCCAUUUUGAAGAGAUGUGAGAAUCUUGAGAAGGAAGUCCGAUCACUUAAACUGAACUUGUCAUUUAUGAAUAGAAAGGAUUCUGAGCAGACUAAGCAGAUAGAAGAACUUCAGAAACAGAACCAGGAGUUGUCAGAUGAGAAGGAACGACUUCUAGAAGAAAUUGAGAGGAUUAUUGCAGAUACUGGAAACAUGUGACUGUUA